CGCAAGAAAAAAAAUCCUUGUUUAUUGUUCAAUAUUAUAAACUCUCUACACAUACACACACACAUAUUUAUGGAACAACGAGGUCGUGGUAGCGGUGCAGGUGAGCAAGGAAAGUACCGGGGAGUUCGAAGACGGCCUUGGGGAAAAUACGCGGCGGAGAUACGCGAUUCGAGGAAGCAUGGUGAACGUGUAUGGCUCGGAACGUUUGAUACUGCGGAGGAAGCAGCUAGAGCCUAUGAUCAAGCAGCCUACUCCAUGAGAGGCCAAGCCGCGAUUCUAAAUUUCCCUCAUGAGUAUAACAUGGGUAGUGGUGGUUCGGCCACGGUGGCUGGAUCUUCGUCCUCCUCCGCUUCUUCUUCUAGGCAAGUUUUUGAAUUUGAGUAUUUGGAUGACAGUGUUUUGGAGGAACUUCUCGAGGAUCGAGAGAAUCCCAACAAGAACAACAUUAACAAGGGAAAGAAGAAGUGACAGUGAAAUGUUAUUGUUCAUCACUUAUCACAAAAUCAACAAAGUUUAUGAGAUAAUUAGUAUAUACAAAUAAACUACAUGCAAUGAUCAUAUGACCAUGUUUGGAGCAU